CUACGCUUUGAUAUAAAUAAGCAGGGGUCUGCCUGUCAUAUUGGGCCAGAAGUGUGAAGUGAAAACCCCACUACAGCAGAGACAACUCACGAGCCUGAAAUCAAGAAAAGGGCGAGGAAAAAAAGAAAGGAGAAGAUAAUUGAGGCUGUUUAUAUAAGACCUCAGCUCCUUCUUCUCAACAUUCAUCUUCAACCAUUCAAGCCUAUUGUCAUCACCACCCAAAAUGUAUCGCGAGAAUCAUCCAGGCCCUCUCUCCCUCCCCGCCAUGUGGAGUCCCCCCUGCGACGAGGCAAUCCCUCUACCAAAACAAUCCCACCACGAUAACCAACGAUCCCGCCAAGCAAGCACAUGUUCUGAACGCAGCUGCGAAGGCAUGAGCCUCGAUGAGACGAGGGAGCUCUGGAGAUGUAUGCUUGAGCUGCAACUUCGAUAUGGAUGUUAUAAUUCCACGAGGAUCGAUAUGGCCAUUGAUGCUGGCGAAUGCGGCGUUGACUUGAUGCCGAAUCGCUUUAUUAUCGAUACGCUCAACGAAUCUGUCAUCGAUCUUCCUGAUGAGGGUCGAGAGCUACUGAACCGCUAUCUAUGUCCAUCGUCGCCGAUGAAGCAGAAGUGGAAGUUCUGGAAGAAGGACUGAGCUUUGCGUACCUUUUUAUCAAUUGUGUUUAUGGCGUUGAUGGAUGGAAAGACUGAGAUGCAUGAGCAGGAGUUGGAUGCACGUUAAAUACUUGAUCGAUACCCAGAUAUCAGAAUGGCCCUGAUUUAUUUACAUAUUUUUAAUUGAACAAAAUCGUCAUCAUCUCUCAUCUCCCAUACUCGAUACACAAAAAGCAAUCGAUAUACGUCACACAUCACAGCUUCUCCUCAAACGCUUUAUCCCCAA